AUGGCAAUGGGAGCAAAUUCAGUUGGCAAUGGAUGCAAAUUCAAUUUCUAUGGAAACCAAUCAGAUGUCAAUAGGCAAUCUACUUAUACUGUUUGUCUCAAAAAUUACAACAACAUCAUAUUUGUUGAUGUAAGUUAUCAACAACCAAUAGAAAUUAACAGCAUAUCUUCUGAUGUAGAAAUUAUUCAAGAAGCUGCAAUUAGCAUCUUUAAGCAACUAGUGAACAAAAUCCCCAGUUUGGACUGUUGUUUAAAUGAAAAAACUAUUAUUUCUUUACGUAUUGCAUCUCUAAAGAAACUAUUAGACUUUGUAACAAAUCAUAAUAUUUCAGAUUGCCAGGCCACAAACUUCCAUAAAAAUAUCAGAGCCUUUAAAAGUGCAUUUGCAUUUGCUUCAAUUAAGACAGACAUGGAUGAAAGACUUGCAAGUAAAACAGAUGAUGUCUUCACAUUCCAUAUAAAUAAUAUCAUAUAUCAUAAUAUUGUUGCAUUUCAAUCUCAAUAUUCAAGAGCUGCUGGAUUCUCACAGAUUUAUUUCUGUAACACAAAUAAGCGACUUACUAGAAGAACAACACUUUUCUAG